ACCUCCUCCCCCUCCCGCCCUUCUCUGUCUACCUCUGGGCCGGGCUGGCGGGUGAUGAGAUACUCGGGCGGCGGCGGUGGAAGGGGCGACGGGGACAGCAACUGUAGUCACAUCCACGACCGCGAUCAUGGCCGAGAAUCACACCCAGAAUAAAGCCAAGCUCAUCUCUGAGACCCGACGGAGGUUCGAAGCUGAGUAUGUGGCAGAUAAGUCAGAUAAAUAUGAUCCACGUGAUGUUGAAAGGCUACAACAAGAUGAUAACUGGGUUGAAAGUUACUUAGCUUGGAGACAUAAUAUAGAUGAAACACUGAAGAUGCUUGAUGAGAGUUUUCAGUGGAGGAAAGAGAUUUCUGUCAAUGACCUUAAUGAAUCCUCCAUUCCCAGAUGGUUGUUGGAAAUUGGUGGUAUUUAUCUCCAUGGUUAUGACAAAGAAGGUAACAAAUUGUUCUGGAUCAGGGUGAAGUAUUAUAUAAAAGACCCGAAGACUGUGUUGGACAAAAAGAAACUCAUAGCAUUCUGGUUGGAACGUUAUGCUAAGAGGGAAAAUGGGAAACCUGUAACAGUGAUGUUUGACCUGUCAGAAACUGGAAUAAAUAACAUAGACAUGGACUUUGUACGCUUUAUCAUCAACUGCUUUAAGAUUUAUUACCCGAAAUACCUCUCAAAAAUAGUGAUCUUUGAUAUGCCUUGGUUAAUGAAUGCUGCUUUCAAAAUCGUGAAAACCUGGCUUGGUCCAGAAGCAGUGAGUUUGUUGAAGUUUACAAGCAAAAAUGAAGUCCAGGACUAUGUCAGUGUCGAAUACCUGCCUCCCCACAUGGGUGGAACUGACCCUUUCAAGUAUACCUACCCACCACUAGUAGACGAUGACUUCCAAACACCAUUGUGUGAGAAUGGGCCUAUUACUAGUGAGGAUGAAACUUCAAGUAAAGAAGAUAUAGAAAGUGAUGGUAAAGAAACCUUGGAAACAAUUUCUAAUGAAGAACAAACAGCUCUUCUAAAAAAGAGUAACCCAACCGAACCUACUUCCAAAGUGGAAGAACAUGAAAAAGUUGAUUCAAAGAUGAAAGCUUUCAAGAAACCAUUGAGUGUGUUUAAAGGGUCCUUGUUACACAUCAGCCCAGCGGAAGAACUAUAUUUUGGAGGUACAGAAUCUGGAGAGAAGAAAACUUUAAUAGUGUUGACAAAUGUAACUAAAAAUAUAGUGGCAUUUAAGGUGAGAACAACUGCUCCAGAAAAAUACAGAGUAAAGCCAAGCAACAGCAGCUGUGAUCCAGGUGCAUCAGUUGAUAUCAUUGUGUCUCCCCACGGGGGCUUAACAGUCUCUGCGCAAGACCGUUUUCUGAUCAUGGCCGCAGAAAUGGAGCAGUUAUCUGGCACGGGUCCAGCAGAAUUGACUCAGUUCUGGAAAGAAGUUCCCAGAAACAAAGUGAUGGAGCAUAGGUUAAGAUGCCAUACUUUUGAGAACAGUAAACCAAACAUUCUUACCUUAAAAGAAAAUGCUUUUAACAUGUCAGAUAAAACCGGUGAAGAUAUAUACCUACAGCUCAAUCGUUUACUAGAAAGCAGUAGAAAGCUUGAAGACCAAGUUCAGCAUUGUAUCUGGUUCCAGCAGCUGCUGCUUUCUUUAACAGUGCUCUUGCUUGUUCUUGUCAUGUCUUUCUUCUAUUUGUUGUACAGUUAAAGAAGUGGUGCCCAGUAGGAAACCCAGCUCCUUCAUCCUUUGGGUAACACACCCAAAACUUCUCCACCAAGCUACUAAAACUAUUGCACAUCUGUGAUUCCUGAAAGGAAAUGUGCAGCAUAUAGAGGGGAACCCAUAUAUGUCUUGAAAACAAACUUAGAAUAAUGAAAUGCUGGUGAAAUUGAUUAUUAGAGACUAUAGCUAGUUAGGAAAGUAAGUAAAGGCAUAUCCAUUGUGUAAAUUAGUAGUUUAAAUGUAACUUAUUUUUUCCUUUUCAUUUGAAUACUUUUAAAGCUUAAGUUUUAUCAUGUAAAUACAUUAGCUGAACUGAAAAGUAUAAGUAACAUGCUUUGUUGCAGCCAAAAAUGUAAUCUGCUUUUUUAUGACAGAAUUAUUAUAGCUGAGCGUACUUAUUAGCUUUUCUAUACUAUGUAUAUAGACCAAUAUGUAUAUUUAAAAUAAAAAACAUACAAAUUAAUUUAUGUAAUCAUGACUUUGUAAUUUUGAGAAUUACUUCCAGAUGAUAGUCAAUAUUCUUUUGGAAUAUGAACCUAUUUAAUGCCAAACCACCUACCCUUUGUUUCUCAGUGUUCCUUAAUGGCCUGCCUUUUAUUAAUCUCAGGCUUUUUUGUGAACGCUCAUUUCGGUAGACUUUGGAAAACUAAGUGUGGUUGGAUUUUCUUCACAUUCUGUUAGAAAUGCCCAGAAGGAAAGUCUCUUCAAGGAAUCCCCCUUUCCAGUAAUUUUUAUGCACUCUCAUAUUGUCCACUAUGGCUGGACACUGAACCUUUUGCCUAAUUUAUUACAAGGGCCUGAUCCUCCAUCAUUCCAUCUUCACCCUCAUUCCAGAGCAGAGGAGCAUGAAUUAUACCAUCUUCACCCUCAUUUCUAAAUGAAAGGAAUUAGAAUUAUUUGAAAAGUUAGUUUUUGAGAUGCUAAGCACUAUAAUUAGUUUAUGUUUCAAAAUGUUCCCGGUUAAAAUUAGCCAUAAGAAGGAAAUUUAUAAAAGACGAGGAUAUAUAUCUAUAGGGGUGAAAAGAAAAAAACCAAACCAAAAAAAAAAAAAAAAAUAGAAGCCUAAGUGUCAGCUCUCCAUUUAAAGAAUGAAAAAUAUAACUUGUGAUGGACUGUAAGACCUUCAAACCAGGGCUAAUUGACUUACACUACUUGAUAUUCUGCAUUUUGUAUGGUAAUACCCACCUGGUAUGGUUCCUAAAUUCUAAAAAGAUACACCUUGCAGGAGCAGAGGCUAAUGAAAUUAGUUUGUUUUCUCAGUUUUAUGACCAGUUUCAGUCCAUGUUGGUUCACAUGUCCAUCUACUUCAUAUAAAAGAAAAAAUAGUCUGCCUGUAAAAUAAAUUGUGAGCUUCUAUUGAGCCACGUUUGGAGAUUUAUUAUUAUUCUGAGGUAGAGUGUUGUUGACUUUCAUCUUGAAGAAGUUGAUUCCAAAAUUGAGUCAUGAAGAAUGAUAUGAGUUCCUUCAAAAUUGGCCUAGGAAUAAAACCUUAAAAGGACA